AUGUCGUUAACAGAACAAAUCGCCACUACGGUGGUAGACUCAGAGGAGAAGCUACUCGCUGAUUUGGAGGCGAGCAAGACUCUCCCUCUAUGGAAACAGAUGGCAAGACUGAAUCCUCCAGCACCAAAUCCGACCACCAUCCCCAAUGUAUGGAAGUACAAGGCCAUCCGUCCCAACCUAGAGCGCGCCGGCAAGCUGGUCCCUGAAUCCCAAGCCGAACGCCGGGUCCUGAUGUUGAUUAACCCCGCUCGAGAUGCCCCUUAUACGACGGACACGCUGUAUGCGGGUCUGCAGCUGGUGAUGCCAAAUGAGACGGCGCGCGCUCACCGGCAUACCGCGUUUGCGAUGCGCUUCAUCAUCGAGGGCACCGGCGGCUUCACCGCUGUUCAUGGCCGCCGCAUCAAGAUGCAGCGUGGCGAUGUGAUCCUGACUCCGACCUGGAACUACCACGACCACGGCAAGGACGGGUCGGGUCCCAUGGUCUGGCUGGAUGGGCUGGACCUGCCCAAUUUCCGGCACUUCCCUGUGCACUUUGUCGAGCACUACAAUCAGCCGCGGUACCCAGCCGAUGAUGUUGAUAGUACCACAUCGCCCCUGGUGUACCCCUGGGCCGAGAUGAAGGCUCGUCUGGAUGCCAUGUCGGGGCCAUGGGCUACGAGUCGCUAUCUCAAAGCGGAUGGACGGGAAGUGAGCCGUGUGCUUGGGGGUUGCGCAGAGCACAUUGCGGCCGGGGCGGCCUCGCCGUCCCGUCGCGAGACCACCUCGUCAGUCUACCAUGUCAUUACGGGCCAUGGACGCUCUGUCAUCGGUGACCAAGAGUAUGUGUGGGAGCAAGGUGAUACAUUCUGCAUCCCCUCGUGGUACAAGUACCAGCAUUUUGCGGCAAACGGGGCCGAGGUGUAUCUGUACCGAUUUGACGAUCGGCCCAUGUUGGAUGCCUUGGGUUUCUAUCGGUCAGAGCAAAUGGAUGUUGAGACACUGGUGUCGGACUAG